AUGACUGUUGGAGUUAAAUUGAGUUCUAAUGACAGUGAACUAUUCCAAAACCCCAACCUAUAUAGAAGCACUAUAGGAGCACUCCAAUAUUUAACACUUACUAGACCUGACAUCAGCUUUACUGUGAACAAGUUGAGUCAGUUUUUACAGGUUCCUACUGAACUUCAAUGGCAAGCUUCCAAAAGGGUUUUAAGGUACAUUAAAGGAACUAGAACAAUAUCUCAUGGGUUACAAGCAGCAGCAAAGUUCAGUUUAGAGUGCUAUGCAGAUGCUGAUUGGGGUGGAAAUCUUGAAGAUAGAAGGUCCACAAGUGGAUAUUGUGUCUACCUAGGACCAAACUUGAUACAAUGGAGCUCUAGGAAACAAAAGGUUAUAGCACUCUCUUCCACUAAAGCUGAAUAUAGGGCUUUAGUUCAUACGGUAACAGAAGUAGCCUGGUUGGAGAGUAUGUUUCAUGAACUAGGGUUGAAUUUUCACACUAUUCCAGUCAUUUGGUGUGAUAAUGUUAGUGUUGGAGCGCUUGCAUCCAAUCCUGUGUUUCAUGCCAGAACCAAACACAUUGAGAUUGAUGCUCACUAUAUUAGAGAACAAGUAUUAGCAAAAAAGGUAGCAAUUCAGUAUGUCCCAUCCAAGUUACAAAUAGCUGAUGUUCUUACUAAAACAUUAUCAGCUACUCAUUUUACUGAACUAAGAGACAAACUAAAUGUAACUCAUUCUGGUGAGCUGCUGCAUUUGUGUGAGACGAGCUGCUUGUAG